UGCGACGGUCAAACAAGAUGGCGCGCGCAGUAUUUCCGCUAGCAUCCGGCAGUGUUCGGAAUCGGCGUGUCGACUGGCUUGUCAUCGAGUUGAAUCAGAUACGUGACAAAUCCGAUUGAAUAUCGGCAUGACAGAAGUAGACGUAGUGGUGCUGGACGAUCCUGUCCAGAAGGAGGAGGUGGUGGCUCACUUCCACGCACCGGCGAUCCAGCACAAUCCGGAUGGUUGGGGCCCAUGUGAGUUGCCAGAUCAGUUUAAGGACAUUCCUUACCAGCCAUUUUCAAAAGGCGACAGACUUGGCAAGAUCUCUGACUGGACUACGCCAGCUUUCCAGGACAAAAAGUUUCCAAACAAAUAUACAUCACAAUUUGGUUCUGGCAGUCAAUAUGCUUAUUAUCAUGAUGAGGACGAAACUACUUUCCAUUUGGUCGAUACUACUCGUGUACAAAAGCCGCCGUAUCAGCGUGGCCGAUUCCGACACAAUCAGCGCAAUCUGCGUGGACGUGGCGGUCAACGUGGUGCACUAAGUCAGAUGCAGCAGCUAGGAAAGCUCAAGUUACGAGAACGAGAGCGUAAAGGACAGGCGAAGCGUUGGGGUAGACAACAGGGUCUGCGCAAUCACAAGAAUCAGCCACCUAUUAAGAUUCGAGAUGCUUCCGUAACGGUGCGACCUGAUUGGAUAACUAUCGAAGAGAUGGACUUUCCUCGAUUGGCCAAACUCUCGUUGCCUAAUGUGAAAGAUGGCGAAGAUAUAUUGUGCUGUGGCUCGCUCGAGUAUUAUGACAAAACAUACGAUCGCGUGAAUGUCAAAAGUGAGAAGCCAUUGCAAAGAAUUGAUCGUAUCUUCCACACAGUCACUACUACCGAUGAUCCGAUUAUUCGAAAAUUAUCCAAGACCGAGGGCAAUGUGUAUGCUACUGAUGCAAUUUUGGCCACUAUCAUGUGCUGUACGCGCAGCAAUUAUUCAUGGGAUAUCGUUAUCGAGAAGAUCGGUGAUAAGCUGUUCUUUGAUAAACGUGACAAUACUGAAUUCGAUUUAUUGACCGUGAACGAAACUAGCGUCGAACCGCCACAGGAUGAUGGCAACUCAUUGAAUUCACCGAGAAAUCUAGCCCUCGAAGCUACUUUUAUCAAUCAUAAUUUCUCGCAGCAAGUACUCAAGUCAAACGAGCCGCGAUACAAAUUUGAAGAAGGCAAUCCUUUUAUUUCGGAGGAAGAGGAGAGCGACGUGGCCAGCGUAGCUUAUCGUUAUCGCAAGUGGGAUCUUAACAACGGCAUAGUCCUCGUAGCACGAUGUGAGCACGAUGCUGUGAUGCAGGGUCCAAAUAAUGAAAAUCAAUUCCUGACGAUCAAGGCAUUGAAUGAAUGGGACUCGAAGCUGGCUAAUGGAGUCGAGUGGCGUCAGAAGCUGGACACGCAACGUGGCGCGGUUUUGGCUAACGAAUUGCGCAAUAACGCCUGUAAACUUGCCAAAUGGACAGUUCAGGCGCUACUAGCCGGUUCGGAUCAGCUGAAAUUCGGAUAUGUAUCGCGCGCCAUAGUGCGAGACUCCAGCAAGCAUGUGAUUCUCGGUACUCAGCAGUACAAGCCCAACGAGUUUGCGACGCAAAUCAAUCUGAAUAUGGACAACGCCUGGGGUAUCUUGAGAUGUAUUAUCGACAUCUGUAUGAAGCAAAAGGAUGGCAAGUACUUGAUAAUGAAGGAUCCGAACAAGCCUAUGAUUCGAUUAUACGAUAUUCCUGAUAAUACCUUCGAAAGUGAAGGCGAAGAAGAUGAAGACGAUGAUGAACCAGUUAACGACGCGUUUCAAAGUUAAAAGUUACGAUACGUUUAUUAUUAUUGAUCGAUAACUCCUGACACCUUUGUUCAAAUUUUGUGGAGAUACAAGAGUACUAUAGAAAAAUAAAUAAGAAAAUUUGACACAUGAUACUUGAUUUUAUGGAAUUUUAUUCAAAUGCUUUUUCAUGAAAUUAAUUAUUUAAUUAAUACAAUUUUUUUAAGGCAAACUAUUUAGGUUGUUUAAUAUACAUGAGAAUUUAAUCGAGAAAAAUGUGUCAUAAUAAAGGUAUGUACCGUACUAUUAUCAGGUGUAACAAUAUAUAAAAAUCUGAAUUUUUCUGAAGAU